UCGAGUUUACAUUGCGCCGCGCGCGAGCUCCCGUCGUUAUUAAACCUCUCUCUUUCCAACUCGUUCGAAACGGUGCUGCAGUAUCGAGCGCGUGCAAGCGAGACGGAACGUAUCUGCCAAGCCAAGCUUCGUCUCCGACAAAUCCUAAAGCGAACGAGCAGGCAGAGUUGCCAGGAGUUGCGGCAAAGCCAGAAGUAGACAGAGGGCCGACAAGCCCGGAUCCGCGCGUACAUUCAGCUAGCCAGAGCAGUUCUUGUUCGUCGUGGCAAUAGAAUCAAAGAUGGCGGCUGACUCGGGUAUGGAGACGUGUCCCUCGCCGGAAAUAGUUGACUCGAGGAAGCGGCCCCUCGACAGCGACGUCGAGAACGGCUCGACGAAGCGCUCCCACUAUGGCACAGGAUCGAAUGGAGAGGGUACCUACCACCUCAAGGUACUGGUGCCAGGAGUCGCAGCCGGUGCCAUUAUCGGAAAAGGCGGCGAGACCAUCGCCCAGCUGCAAAAGGACACCGGGGCAAGGCUCAAAAUGUCCAAGUCCCAUGAUUUUUAUCCAGGGACAGCCGAGCGCGUCUGUCUCAUAACUGGCAGUGUGGAGUCAAUAAUGGCGGUAAUGGACUUCAUCAUGGAGAAAAUCCAUGAAAAGCCGGACCUGAUGUCCAAGGCCGCGGCCGAAUUCGAGUCUACCAAAUCAGCCUCCGAGAGGGAAAAACAGGUUUCUCCGGUUUUGGUGUGUCAGGUGAAAAUCCUAGUGCCAAACAGCACGGCCGGCAUGAUAAUAGGCAAGGCCGGUAACUACAUCAAGCAAAUAAAAGAAGAGACAGGCUCGUACGUGCAGAUCUCGCAGAAGGCCAAGGACGUGUCGCUCCAGGAGCGCUGCAUCACCGUCAUCGGCGACAGGGAGAACAAUCGCAACGCCAUCAUGAUGAUCCUGGCUAAGGUGGCCGACGAUCCGCAGAGCGGCACUUGCUUGAACGUGAGCUACGCCGACAUCACCGGACCCGUGGCCAACUUUAACCCCACCGGCAGUCCUUACGCCAAUGCACCCGCAGCCACGCCUGCCUUCCAAAACACCGCUGGUCUCAACACAGUUCUUAUGCCCCAAGCAGUGGGCCUGCUCAAUGGUGCUGGUCUGAAUCUGAACCUGAACCUCGGCGCGGCACUGUCCGCCGCCAGUUCGAACCCUAGCUCCACGUCCCAGCUCCUCGAGCACAUUAAGUUGAGCUUGCGCACCACCGGCUACGGCGAGCCCGCUGCCUCUGAGAUCCUCACGGCAAUCGCCACCCUCGUCAAGUACAACGUCCUCGGCAUGGGCGUGGGCAUGCCCUCGGGCAUAUCCUACCUGGGCAACGCCAUGGACUCGCAGACAACGGCCGCCGCUGUGGCCAACGGAUCCAACAACAACGGUGGCGUGUACGGUGCCAUUGGCACGGUGCCAACCCUCGGCUCCACCUCGCCCACUCCGCGAGCAGCCCUCGAUCGGUUCGAGACCUUCGUCGAUCCGUUCCGGCAGAACAGCAACGCCGCAGCAGCAGCAGCAGCAGCCGCGGCCAUGAACAUGAACAACAAUUCGUUUGGCCUGGGCACAAAUCAAUUGUCACUCGUAAGUAAGAGCCCCGCCGGCCAGGUGGACGCGGCCAACGCAGCCGCAGCCGCCGCCGGGAUCAAGGAGGGCAAGAAAGACGUUGAGAUUGCAGAGGUUAUAGUGGGAGCAAUAUUGGGACCCGGCGGUCGGAAUCUCAUUGAGAUACAGCACCUCAGCGGCGCGAACAUACAGAUAUCGAAGAAGGGCAUCUUCUCCCCCGGUACCAGAAAUCGCAUUGUCACGAUCACGGGCUUCCCCGAUGCGAUCAGAACGGCUCACUACCUGAUUGAGCACAGGAUCAGCGAGGAGGAGGCUAAGCGAGCGCGCCACAAUACCAUUACCGGCAUGAUUCAUUGAUCGGCAUCAUCCCUCGUUGAGCCGACUAACAACCAAGUCGCUGCCGCCACAGCCGCCGCCGCCGUCUCCGCUGCUAUCCACGAUCGGUUGGCCUGGCUGCUCGUUUGAAAGCUUGUCGUAGUCGUUGUCGUAGUUGUCGUCGUCGUCGUCGUCGCCAUAGUCGUUUAUUCAAAACAUAAAAUCCAAAACUUAGUAAUACGCGCUUACUCUCUUUCAUCGUUCUUACCGGAUACGAGCUCACCAAUUGGAUGUACGCUUUUUUUGCAUCAUUAGUCUUACUUGACAUUUGUUGCAACCCAUCGUUGGGAAACAUUAUAGUCUGUUUUUUUUUUUUUUUUUUUUUUUUACAUAUGUUUUAUGUACCAUGUUUUUGUUGGAAAGUUGCUUUUUUCCUCAGUUGCAUCCAACCGCUGAGCUUGUCGCCUCGACAACGCGCACGCGACAACGUAUUCUUCUUUGCAUGCACAAUAAUACUUUGAUCGUUGCGAUGCAUAUGUAUGAAACAUACGUAUGUAGAUUUAGAGCGCGUGCGAGUACUUUCGAACGAGCGGUCAGCCUCCUUGACGAGACUAAAGCGAAAGGCAAAAAAAAACUUCCCCCAUGCCAUGAUUUUUUGUCUCACCACAAUAUAAGCGAACAUUUGAGCACUACCAAUUUUUUUGUUCUUACAAGUAGCUUCGUUAAUUGCCCCCUUAUACCCCGCCCCCUUUUACCCUCGUUAUAAUUAUUGUCAUUGUACACCCAGUGGGUUAUUCGUGUAAUGAAUUAACGCAUCGCUAGGGUGACCAUUGCUUUCCAAAGAGAACUUGCUAGAGUCUCUCACGACUUGUUUCGAGUCUUGGGAGAGUCCAAUUAUUUUACCAUCACGAUGGUAGAAAAGACGCACUCUUGAAUUCAAAUAAACAAUGCUGACAUUUCAAAAAUAAUCAUGCAGAAAUACGCAACACAACUUGUAUGUACAAAUGUUACAUAAAUAAUAUGUUGUAGAAAUAUUAUUUGAAUCCAAUGGGUAUGAGCUUUUAGCUUGUCCAUGCACUUCUCUUCACUCGCAUAUACCCAAAGUUCGCUUUGAAGGUUUUCUUUGGUAGUCAGAGUUGAAACAAACGCAAAGAAAAACGCAGGGGAAAAA